GACAAUAAACUAGAGAAACUCCAAAUCUACUAUAGAAAAAGUAAAAUUAAAACCAGUUAAAAAAGUUGAGUCAGUGUAAAUCAAAAUUGUGACUGGAGUCAUGGUCUCAGACUCUCAUGGACAUGCUUGGGAAAUGAAUUGAUCCCAUACAAGGUUUAACAAAAACUAGCAUUACUCACUAGGUCUGCGAUGGGUGCCCCUAAGCAGAAGUGGACAUCGGAAGAAGAAGCUGCUCUUAAAGCUGGCAUUCAAAAAUAUGGAAUGGGAAAAUGGAGUACUAUUCUUAAAGAUCCAGAGUUCACCACAGUCUUGCGGUCACGUUCUAAUGUGGACCUUAAGGAUAAGUGGAGAAAUUUGAAUUGCAUGGCAAAUGGUCUUGGAUCCCGCCAUAGGGCUAGGGUUUCAAUUAAAAGCAGUCAGCUUACCCCCAAGCAAGAGGAGGACACUACGGCUAGUAGCAUGGUGGUGGAUAAGGGUGAAGUUCUUGGCAUAACUUCUAUUGCAGUAUCCAAUGAAAUAUCCCAGGAUGUAAAAUUCAAGAAAAGCAUAUCAAGGAUGGAUGAUGUUAUUCUGGAGGCUAUAACAAAGUUAAAGGAACCUCGAGGAUCUAGUCGGCCUGCAAUUAUGCAAUAUGUAGAGGAAAAUUACUCGGCCCCUCCAGAACUUGAGAGGACUUUGGCUGCAAAUUUGAAGAUUUUGACAGAAAAUGGACGAUUAAUUAAGGUGAAGAAUCAAUACCGAAUUGCACCAAAGUUGAUCUCUUUUAGUGCUGGGGAAGAACCAAAGUUGCUGCUUGAAAAUGGAGCUAAGAAGAAUUAUUUUCAAGCGGAGGGAAGCAGCGUUGUACUUCUUAGUAAAGCCGAGAUUGAUGCUGAACUAGAGCAAAUGAGGAGCAUGAGCCCGGAGGAGGCUGCUGCAGCUGCUGCAAUAGCAGUUGUGGAGGCUGAAGCUGCGAUAGCAGAAGCUGAGGCGGCAGCAAGGGAAGCGGAGGAAGCCGAGGCUGAAGCAGAAGCUGCACAGUGUUUUGCUGAUGCUGCUCAGAAGGCAUUGAAUCAUCAAGCUAUGCGGUGUCUGAACAUUUGAUAACAUGGAAGGCCAUCCUGUGGGGAGCUCAUCUUUUGCAAGCUUGUGUCUAUAUAUAUUGUAGAUAAGUUGCAGAAUUGUGACUCUGAAUUUUGCCAGUUUCAUCGGCUGGUUGUUUGUGUCCCAAACUCACAUAUUUUCUUGCAAAACUCCUAUGACAAUAGAAUUGCAUUAUGCAGUGGUUUAUUGAAUUUCAUUUUAAAGUUGAUGGAAAAAGAAAAUCAAAACCUUAAUGCAUCA